AAAGUGCAGGCCAUAGGCAGGGGUAUAUAAGCUCUGGGAUGUCACUGGCAGAGACAUCAGUUCAGUUCUCGCUUCUGUUCCAGCCACUUGCAAGAUGAAAUUCCUCUCGGUUGCCUUCCUCCUCGGCCUCCUGGCUCUGGCCAGUGCCACCCCCCUUAACCCGGGCAAUGUCAUCAUCAAUGGAGACUGCCGGGUUUGCAAUGUCCAUGGCGGAAAGUAAAGCAACACAUUGGCAAUGACUAUAUGGCAAUGGAUGUACAUAUAUACAUAUAUUUGAUAUUCUUAUAAAUAAUUCCUUAUCAACACUUGUUCGGACCUAUUAAAAUAAAUUCCCACGCUAAUCUCUAUGGCAUGAUGUAAAGCAUA